GCAGGGUACUCGGAGCUAGGGUAAGGGUUCCUAUGGGUAGGGUACCCCGCCCUCGGGUUAGAGUUCAGCUGGGUAGGGCUCCCCGCCUAGCGUUAGGGUUCCUUUGGGUGGGGUACUUGUAGCUAGGGUUAGGGUUGCUAUGGGUAAGGCUCCCGGCCUAUGGUUUGUGUGCCUGUGAGUGGGGUACUUGGAACUAGGGUUAGGUGUUUUCUGUCCCUUUCUUUUACAGUCUAGUGAAACUUUGAGAACAAUUCUUUUUAAGUUUACACCGCAAAAUAAAACGUAGUGAAGCUGUGAGGAAGGCAGCAUGGAGUCUGCUGGUGGUGAAGGCACCCUGCUUUUUCUUUCCCCACUGGUGCUGGCUAAAAUGCAGAUUGUUCUGUUUCUUGCGAUCUCCCCUUUGUUAGUUUGAUGGCUGUUUACAGCUUAUGUUUAAAAUUAGGUUAAAUCCACAUUCCUUUAUUUAUCGAUGCCCCCUGACGUGCCUGCUUUAAUCACACGUCAGUCAUAGUCCCUGCAAUAUUCAUAACUCUUCCUACCCACUGUGUACAUGCAUCACGCAAGAAUAUUAAUGCUCAGUGAGUUAUUGGUUUGCAAACGAUACCUCACAAGGCCGCUAUUUUGUACGAAGAUUAUUGCAAUAGUGGGUAGCGAGUGAAUACAGGGGUGUUUUAGGGUCACAAUAAGUAACUUCAUGGGGUGAAGAGCCCAGGUAUUAAAGGACGCUGUAGCCUGGUGGAGAGAGACAGAAUGAGAACCAAAGGCUAAGUUACAGCCAGACACAUUCCACUGACAAACAAGGCAUCAGUGUUUCUCAGGGAAGGCGAUUUCCCAUUGGAACCACUUACCAGAGGAAGGGAUGGAUUCUCCAGCUCUUGACCUCUUCAAAUAAAAUCUGGAUGCCUCCCUGCAAGAUGCUUUAAUCAAACACACUUUAUUGGGCUCAGUACAGGCAGGAUGUGGUGAAAUUCUCCAGUCUGUGCUGUGCAAGAAGUCAGACUGGAUGAGCUCAUCAUGGUCCCUUCUGACCUUAAACUAUGACGCUAUGAACCUACAGAACUCAUUGCUGAAAUGAGACAUACUGGCUCUCUCAAGGUGCACGUGCACCUCUUUCCUUUGAUCACACACAUGGGGAUGGAUGGGAGAAGGGCUAAGAAGGGACAGAUCCCCUCCCCCUGUUAUCUUGCUCCCCACUUCCCUGAACCAGCCAGUCCUGCUCUCCUCAUGGUUUUAAUCUCAUUAUAUGCUAAAGUACAAUGGCUUUGUCUUGGCGAUAGAAUUGAGUGAAAUCUGUUUAACAUCUCACCUUUAAAUCCUAAGCAAGACAAGGCCUGAGUUGCGUUGAAAAACACAGUAGCCCCAACCCUGAAGCAGGGGUAUAAUACCUUAAAAACAUGGUAGCUCCUAGGUUUUGACACCCUUAAAAUGGUUUAAGUAGCUGUGGUUAACAAGGUGUUACAUGUGAAUUUAAAUGCAGGAUUGCACUGCACACAGAUGAUUUCCCCUAGUCUAGACCUGGUGCCUGGUCACGAGGGAAGCAGCCUGUGUUCUCUGCACUCCUGAAAGCCAAUGGGUGGCAGUUUUCACAGGCGUUGGCAGGUCAGGGCAAAGGCUAUGGGGAAUCUAGGGUUUACUCUGACUGCCUAACUCAUGUGAAAGCUACAAACUGCCUUGUCAUCACUACCGUGUGACAGCUAACAUGAAUUAGGGCCUCACUUUUUUUUUUUAAACGAGCAAAGUCACAAUCUUUAUUUGGCUCUAUGCUGCUGAUUAGGCACCGCCCAGCAGACACCAGUUCUCCAACGCCAAAGGAAACCAAAAGUGAAAUCCCGGUGCAGAGAGUAGAGGAGUGGCACAGAGAAACUCACUCGGCCUUCCAGACCUGUGGAGAUGCCUCCGCUGUUUGUGAGUACGCAGGAGCUGGCUCCUCCAGCAUCAUGUCCGUGCUGACCGACCGAGCCAUUGUGAGGAAGGACCGUCUCCGGUACGUUGCUGGUGGUGACAGGUACCGAGUCAACAACAAGUAUGACGGGAGGUGCUCGCCGCUGCCGGUCAGCAAGAUCCUUAUGGAGGCCGAGUCUCUGGUGGGCCAGGAGAUGCUGUACAGCGUCACCAGCGAGAACUGUGAGCACUUCGUCACCAAGCUGCGCUAUGGCCAGCCCAUGUGCGACCAGGUCAGGGAUACCAUGCUGACCGUGGGUGCCGCAGGGCUGGGUCUGGCUGCUCUGGGGAUCAUCGGAGUCAUGGUCACAAGGUCCAGGCGUCAGAACCAAUAGCACUGACUCCCCUCUGGACCCAAGGCCUGGAGCCUCUGCUGCAGUGGCCCUCAGAGCGGGCUCCUCGUGGGGAGCAAGCUGGACUGGCCAGCAUCAUCCUGUCCUUUGUAUGUCAUCAGGUUUUUUGGACUAGACAUCUCAUUUAAAAUAAACGAAUCUAUCCUCA